GCCGGGCAGGAAGGACCUCUUCAUCGACGCGGACCUGAUGAGCCCCCUGGACCGCAUCGCCAACGUCUCCCUGCUCAAGCAGCACGAGGUGGACAAGCUGUACAAGGUGGAGAACAAGCCGGUCGUCAGCACCAGCGACCAGUUGUGCUUCUUGGUCCGGCCGCGGAUCAGGAACGUGAAGUACAUCGCAGACGUCGUCCAUGCAGAUAAGGCGGCGGGCAGGAGCCGGAAGUACAAGAUUAUCUUCAGCCCCCAGAAGUUUUACGCGUGUGAGAUGGUGCUGGAGGAGGAGGGAAUCUACGGAGACGUGACCUGCGACGAGUGGUCCUUCUACCUGCUCCCCCUGGACGACGACCUCGUCAGCAUGGAGCUGCCCGAGUUCUUCCGGGACUACUUCCUGGAGGGGGACCAUCGCUGGAUCAACACCGUGGCUCGAGCCCUGCAGCUGUUGAGCUCCCUCUAUGGGCCUUUUGCCAAGACCUACGGCAUUGGCCGCUGCGCCAAGAUGGCCUACGAAUUGUGGCGAGAGCUGGAGGAGGAAGUUGAGGGCGACAGCCAGGCCAGGCGGCCCGAGAUUGGCCAUAUCUUCUUCGUGGACAGAGAUAUGGACUACGUCACGGUGCUCUGCUCCCAGGUGGUGUAUGAGGGGCUGGUGGACGACACGUUCCGCAUCAAGUGCGGGAGCGUGGACUUCGGGCCAGACAUUACCUCUGGUGACAGGAGCAUCAAGCUGCUGCUCAACGCGCAGGACAAGGUGUUUGCUGAGAUCCGCAAUGAGCACUUCACCAACGUCUUUGGCUUCCUGAGCCAGAAAGCACGAAACCUGCAGGCACAGUACGACCGACGGCGCGGGAUGGACAUCAAGCAGAUGAAGAACUUUGUCUCCCAAGAGCUGAAGGGGUUGAAGCAGGAGCACCGCCUGCUGAGCUUGCACAUCGGUGCCUGUGAGUCCAUUAUGAAGAAGAAAACCAAGCAGGAUUUCCAGGAGCUGAUCAAGACCGAGCACUCCCUCCUGGAGGGUUUUGACAUCCGUGAGAGCGCCAGCUUCAUCGAGGAGCACAUAGACCGGCAGGUAUCCCCCAUUGAGAGUCUGCGCCUGAUGUGCCUCCUGUCCAUAACCGAGAAUGGUCUGAUCCCGAAGGACUACCGCUCCCUGAAAACCCAGUACCUGCAGAGCUAUGGGCCCGAGCACCUGCUGACCUUCCAUAACCUCAAGCGCAUUGGGCUCCUGACGGAGCAGUCCCCCGGAGAGACCUUCACCGCUGUGGAGAGCAAAGUCAGCAGACUGGUGACUGACCGGGCUGCAGGAAAACUCCCAGAUGCAUUUAAUUCUCUGGCCAGGAAGAGCAACUUCCGAGGCAUAAGCAAGAAGCUGGGCUUGAUCCCCCGUGUGGAUGGCGAAUACAACCUGAAGAUGCCCCGGGAUAUGGCUUACGUCUUCAGUGGGGCCUACGUCCCUCUGAGCUGCAAAAUCAUUGAGCAGGUGCUGGAGCGUAGGAGCUGGCUGGGCCUGGAGGAGGUGGUGCGCCUGCUGAAUGGCAACGAGUUUGCCGUUACAGACCCGGCGGUGGAGGACAAUCCCACCUGGGAGUCCCAGCGCGUCAUCCUGGUCGUCUUCCUGGGAGGCUGCACCUUCUCUGAGAUCUCUGCACUGCGGUUCCUGGGAAAGGAGAAAGGGUUCAGGUUCAUAUUCCUGACUACGGCGAUCACCAGCAGCGCCCGCAUGAUGGAGGCCAUGACCGAGACCAAGGCGUGAGGGCCAAGCUGCCCAAGCCAGCCGGGACACUCUCCAUUGGGGACGCUUUCUGCUUGGGCUUGGACCUGGUGCUGCCGGCGUGGGGCCGAGCCCGCUCCACGGGCAGCAGAGCUGGGCUGGGACGGACGCUGGAAGAGUGGACACUCGUUGGGGUGGGAGAGGGGUACGUGGUGCAGGAGCCCGCCCAUGUCUGCUGUGGACCAGCACGCUUGGGCCGUGGCGCUGCCCAGCCGUGUGCCUGCCUGCCCUGCAUCCACCCUCCCCUGGCGUGGGGGUGCUGCAGGGACGUGGCUGCAGCGCUGGGGCAUCGCCCCCAGCCCGGGGCGCGGCCCCCGCCACUGAAGGAGGUGCUGCCCCUGGCCCCGAGUGCGGGUGUUGCUUGCAGGGGCCGAGCAGGGGUGGGGGGAGGGCU